AUGUUCAACCCCGUUACGCCUCAGGGCCCCGGCUACGCCGAGCACUGCUGCCCGCGGCCGCUGCACGGAGCCUCUGCGGGCACAGCGGCGCUGCAAGGACUCGAUUUCUCGGUGUGCCAUCCGCCCAGCCUCGCCAGCAGUCACCAUGGCUAUGGGCUGGUGCCCGGCACCGAGCAUCCGGGUGGUGCUGAUGGCUCGCGGUUCUCAACGCCCCGUGGUGCUGGCAAGCUGGGCAAGAAGCGGGCACUGUCCAUCUCACCCCUGUCAGACUCCAGCGUUGACCUGCAGACGGUGAUCCGCACCUCGCCCAACUCCCUCGUUGCCUUCAUCAACUCCCGUUGCGCCUCCGCCAGUGGCUCCUAUGGUCACCUCUCCAUCAGCAGCAUCAGUCCAUCGUUGGGGUACCAGAACCCUCCGGGGCAGCAGAAGGGCCAAGGGCAACUGUUCAGCCACACUCCACCCCUGCCACCGUGCAGCUCCCACGAAACCCUGUCGUCCCGCCCGGGGCUCCUCCAUCACACCCCGGCUCGUGGGCCCCUCAAACACUGCCAGCAGCUGAAGUUGGAGAGGAGCCUGAGUAGCCCUCUGACAGCCAAAUACGCAGAGGAGAAAUCUGAGGGUGACAUCUCCAGUCCAGCCUCCGCAGGCACACAGGACCCCUUGCUGGGGAUGCUCAGCGUUCGGGAAGAUCUGGAGAAGGAGGAUGGGAAACCCGAAUUUGAGACCAUCUAUGAAACGAACUGCUACUGGGAUGGCUGUGCCAAGGAGUUUGACACGCAGGAGCAGCUGGUGCAUCACAUCAACAACGAGCACAUCCACGGGGAGAAGAAGGAGUUCGUGUGCCACUGGGCAGCGUGCUCGCGGGAGCAGCGGCCCUUCAAGGCGCAGUACAUGCUGGUGGUGCACAUGAGGCGUCACACGGGCGAGAAGCCUCACAAGUGCACGUUUGAGGGCUGUAACAAAGCGUACUCCCGCCUGGAGAACCUCAAGACACAUCUGCGCUCCCACACGGGUGAGAAACCCUACGUGUGCGAACACGAGGGCUGUAACAAAGCCUUCUCCAACGCUUCCGACCGGGCCAAGCACCAAAACCGCACCCACUCCAAUGAGAAGCCGUACAUCUGCAAGAUCCCGGGCUGCACCAAGCGCUACACGGAUCCCAGCUCCCUGCGCAAACACGUGAAGACGGUGCACGGCCCCGAUGCCCACGUCACCAAGAAGCACCGGGGCAGUGCGGUGCCUGGCCACACGCUGCCUGCCUCCGGGGCACCGCAGGACAUGAAGCAGGAGAAAAACACCAACGGCCCUGCUGAGAUCCGGAAGGAUGACAGCAAGCUGCUGGUGCCCGACUUCGCCUCGAAGCCACAGCCCAGCCCUGGUGGGCAGUCAUCGUGCAGCAGUGACCGCUCGCCCCUCGGCAGCACCACCAACAACGACAGCGGCGUGGAGAUGACGGGCAACACGGGGGGCAGCUACGAGGACCUGUCCACGCUGGAGGAGGUGGUGCCUGGGGAGCCCAUGGGCACCUCGGGGCUGAUGGCCCUGCAGAAGCUCGAGAACCUUCGCAUUGACAAACUGAAGCAGAUGAGGAAGCCGUCGGCUACCAAGGGCCUGAAUCUGCCGGCCAUCCCCGGAGCCGGUCCGCCCGGAGAUGGGCCCGGGCUCUGCGUGCCGCCGGCCGCAUCGCAGCGCCGCAUCGCGGAUCUGUCGGCGGCAGAGCUGGCCGUUCCACCGAGCGAGCGCCGCAGCAGCGCCACCAGCACCGUCAGCUCAGCCUACACCGUCAGCCGCCGCUCCUCCGCCGCGUCCCCGUACCUGAUGGGGCCAAACCCGGCCGGCGAGGCGGGGACGAUGCCGGGAUGCUCGGAUGGCUACGAGCGGCUCUCUCCGGAUGAGCCGCGGCGCUCCGGCAGCGCCAACCCCUGCGGAGCGCUGCCCGGUGUGGGCGGCCUCAGCCCGGCGCAGCGCUACCGCCUCAGAGCCAAAUACGCCGCGGCUACGGGCGGGCCGCCCCCGACCCCGCUGCCCAGCGUGGAGCCGCUGCCCACGGGCGGCCACGGCGGCUUGCCCGGGGAUUGCCUCGAGCCGGCCGUGCCCCCCUUCUUUACGAACGGUUUGCUGCGGAGGCACAGCUCCAACGAGCGCUACGUGAGCAGCCUUCACCCUCAUCUGGUGCCUGGGAACGGGGCGAGGAGGGCCAGCGACCCGGCCCGGACCGCCGCCGACCCUCAGUGCCACGCUGUGCCCAAAGUGCAGCGUUUUAAAAGCGCGGGGAACGUGAGCGCGCCGGGAGGGAGCAGAGCUGCCCUGCAGCCCCUGCCUGCUUCCGACGCCGCCCUCCAGCUCCGAGGCUUCUCCCCGCGCCCCCCCAGCAUCAGUGAGAAUGUUUACCUGGAGAGCGUGAACGCCGAGGGCCCCGCACCUGGCGCGGAGUCCGGCUUGCUGGAAAUGGACCCGUUCUUGAAUUACCCUGAGGAAAGCUUCCCGUGCCAGGGGGCCAACGUGCAGCUGCAGUGUGGGGGUCUGUACGGCAGCGCUCCGCGGACCCCGGGUGGGGGAAUGCAGCUGAACCCAUGUGGGCACGGAGAGAUGGAGGAGGGACUGCUGCAGCCCGAGUUCUCCCUGCCGCAGUGCCAGAUGAACCAGCACUUCCCCGGCCUGCGAGCUGGCAGCGGGGCCGUGCUGCCCCAGUGGGAGGAACCCCAACCAAGCGGUCAUCUGGAGCUGAGCUCUGGGCAGCCGGGACUCGGAGCCAUGGCUGAGACGCACUGCCACCGUCACGCCGCUCCGUACCCACCGCCCAGCCACUGCGUGCAGCACCCAAGGCUGAUGAGCGCGUGCCAGGAUGGCGGCUUUUCUGAUGGGCACCGCUUGAACUGCCUGCAGAUCAAAUCUGAGCAGCGGUACUCGGCGCCGGCCCCGGCCCUCAUUCCGUGCCAGAAUGCCAAAGCCGCACAACAGCCCACGUUCGGCCAAACCGUGAGCGGGUACCGGGCCGAGGAGCAGACAGCCAGCAGCUACGUGGCUGUGCUGAGCUCGCGGGGGAGGAGGGCCCACACCCCCACUUUGCAGGCCAAAGAGGUGAUGGUCCGCAGCUACGUGCAGGCGCAGCAGGCUCUGAUGUGGGGGGAGCCCCCCGGGGCUGGCGAGGCCGGCAUGGGGCUGGGCGGUGAGUCUGGGCAGUACCAGGGCACGCGCGCACCGCCCUACCUGGGCCCCAAAUACUCCGGUUACCAGCCCAAAACGAAUCACCUGCAGGGGCUGCUGGAGAACCCCCACCUCCUGAGCCCCCCGUGCUUUAACCCUGAAAUGGCGCCGCAUCCCCCCAGCGGUGCCAAGCCACCGGGACACCAGAACAGCGUGGGCUAUGGGGGCAACCUGGCAGAGCCCAACCCCUCCUAUGAGGCAGCAGGUGCCAACCCCCAGCGCGGGCUGCGUCUGCCCCCCGUCCAUCCUGCCCCCGAGGUGCCCGGUGACACGCUGCUCUGCUACCCGGGCCAGGUGGGCAAAGGCAGCCACAAGCUUCAGGGUCCGCCCGCUGCAAGCUGUGGGGGUCCCGGGCACUGCACUGGGAGCCUGGGGGGCAACAAAGGCAGCUCUUGCUUCUACCCAGACUCGGGGCAGCAGGCAUUCAACAGCCUGGACUCGCUGGACCUGGAGAACACUCACCUGGACUUCGCUGCCAUCGUGGAGGAUGCAGAGAGCUCCACGCUCCUGCCCGGCCCCCCCAGCCCCCCUGGGGGUCUCCUGUUGCCGGCACCCGGCGGUGCCAACAUGGCUGUGGGUGACAUGAGCUCCAUGCUGAGCACCUUGGCUGGGGAGAGCCACUUCCUCAACUCCCUCUCUUGA